GACGCUGUUAAAGGCAACUAUGCUAACUAUCUUUUUAUUACGGUAAUAUAUUUAAAGUUGGCGAGUAGCAUGUCAUUUAGGACGCGUUGAGACGGCGCUGACUGAUAAUUCAUAAUCUUGCAGAUAGGGGUCACUUUUGGACCAUGCUGGUUGUAAUGCAACAGCUACGGUGUCUUGUGUGAUCCUCAGCUGUGCUGAUAACUGCGAUGAAUGGAAACACUACCCAAUCAGGGACGAGCAGGCCUUCCACAUCACAGCCCCAGGGCUGGCGGGACUUCUGCGAGCUGCACGCGGCAGCCGUGGCUCGGGAGCUGGCCAAGCACUACCGCCUCUUCGCCAGAGAGCGCCCCCUGCAGGAUGUGCUCCCGCCCGACAGCUUCUCCAAGCAGUUCAGCGACCUGUUCCAGAGGCACUUCAGCCGGGAGGUGUCCCGAAAUGCGCCCCCUUCCCCUCCGCCGCCCCCCCUGCCCCCAUCGGCUGUGAGCGGCCGACUGUGGACCACCUUGCUGGACUACCGGGAGGCCGGCCGGCCGGGCCCCCCCGCUCUGGCCUCCAAGGCGGGGCCACUGGCCCCCGGGUCGCCCCCGCCUCCGCAGCGGGAACUGGAGCUUCCGCUACGGCAGGCUGCCCCCGCUGACACUACCCGCCCCGCCUCCCCUCCCUGCCGCCGCAGCCAGGAGGAGGUGUCGGCGCGCCCCCCCGUCACGCCCCAACGGUACAGCCCGCCCCCGCUCGUCACCGCCACACCCGACGCUGACGUCACGCACCUGUCCGUCAGCCAGAUCCAGCAGAGCGUGUAUCGGCUGGUGAAGAAGAAGCAGCCCAAGGAGGCUCCGCCCUCCCCCCGCGAGGACACGCCCCUCGUCACCCCGCCCGCCAUCCCGCCCCCGGCCUCCUCCUCCCCCCCCUCCUCCUCCUCGUUCCUGGACAGGGUUGCCAACAUGUUCCGCGGGAGGAGGAGGGCGGAGCCGCGGGGCAGUUUUAAGGAGGGCCAGCUCAGGUACAUGGUGGUGGACGACACGAUCUCCGACGUCCCGCCGCGCUGGCAGCGCUGCCGGCUGCUGGUCCGCCGCGGCUCCAACGGCUUCCGGCUGGAGCUCUUCGACCCGCCCAAGAGCUCCAGUUCCAAGCUGAUGGCGAAGUGCUCCGAUGUGUCGGAGGUGCGUCGCUGUAACCGCCUGGAGAUGCCGGACAACGUGAACACGUUUGUUUUAAAGGUUAAGCACUAUCCAGGCAGUUUCAUCUUUGAGGCGGACAACGACCAGCAGGUCAGCUCCUGGACGACAGAAAUUAAAGAAUGUAUCAACAACGGGUGAGAAGCUGGGUGUCCUGGACUACGCUUCCCAGUGUGCUCUGCGGCAGCCUUGUCUCGGUGAGGCAGCUCAGAGUCGGCGUCGAGUGGGUCCCCGCCCUUUGCGCGGUCGGAGCAGAUGUGCCGUAAGGGGGAUCACUUCCUGUGGGCGUACCCCUGGUUCCACGGGCCCAUCUCGCGGGUGAAGGCGGCGCACCUGGUGCAGACCUCGGGCGCCGACGGGCACGGCGUGUUCCUGGUGCGGCAGAGCGAGACGCGGCGCGGCGACUACGUCCUCACCUUCAACUUCCAGGGCAAGGCCAAGCACCUGCGGUUGUCCCUGACGGAGUGGGGGCAGUGUCGGGUGCAGCACCUGAGCUUCGCCUCCGUCUCCGAAAUGCUGAGCCGAUUCUGCCUGUCCCCCAUCCCGCUGGAGUGUGGCGCCGCCUGCGACGUCCGGCUGUCCAGCUUUGUGGUGGCCGGCCCCGCCCCGUCAGGUCAGUGUGUGACUGGCUCGGCAGUUCUGGUUCCCUUCUCUCUGCACCGCUGGAGUUCGGAGCCCAGCCUGACCCACUUCAGCUCCUCUAGCUGCCCCCGCCUGGGAUCCCCGGAGAGCCUGACCCCCAGGACCCUCCCCACACCAGGGCAGCUGUUCCAGAGAAGCUCCCCCCCGACCCCAGAGCGCCCCCACCUGGACACUCUGCGCCGGAGCGAGUCAGACCGCAGGCCUUUACAGAGACACGCCCAACCCCACCCUUCUCCACUCCCCCAGCGUGACUCGGACUAUGAGCUGGAGCCGCCCAACAGGGGGCGCAAGAGAGCCAUCGACAACCAGUACACGUUCCUCUGAUCCUCAGGAGCGGAAGUACCAGGCCUUACUGACCAAAGAGCUGGAAGAAAGCAGGAAGUGGGCCAGAAGGAAGCAGGAAGUGGGCGCUGGGAGGAAGUAGGAAGAGUUCUUUUUCCAUAGCAUAGCAGUUACAUAUCUGCGUUAUUGGUUUCAUAAUGCAUUAUCAUCUGAUUUUCCCGCCUGUUUUUCCCUACACAUGAAAUGGACAGUGAACAUCUACUGUUACAGCUUCCUUGAGAAAUGGCUUCCCUAGUUUCAGAAGUUUUUAGAAUACCAGUUUUUUAACGGCUACUGGUGGCGUUUUGGGCAAAUUGUUAACAUUACCUUUUGAUACUGACAUACCCAGUAGUGUUUGAUUAAUUAUAUUAAAAACAUUAUACACGUUUAAUAAAUAAUGUUUAUAUUAAUAUAUGUUAAUAUCUUUAUUAUAUUAUUUUGUCACUUUGCCCAAAAUGACUGCAACGGCUUUCAGAGAAAAUGGUUGGAUAAUUAAUGCCAUUAAUGUUUUAUGAGGAAACCCUGGAUGCAUUAAUGCAUUAACACAAGAGUUCAUUUAAGCUACUAGUGUUUGGGGUUAUGUUUUGUUUUUUUAAAUCAAGUUCUGUAGUGUUUUGUUCAGAUUUGUGCCCCCCCCCCUACCCUGACCCCCCCAAUCCGUUUUUAUUUCUGUUGUCACUGUGCUGGUAACUCCGCACCUGCACACCCUCUCUCUGUUGCCACUUUAACACUAACUGUCCUUCAACCCCAAAUACCGGAGGCCUAACGUAGGGUUCUCUUCAGAACGCUUUUCUUAUCGUGGCAGGUUUCCUGUUUUUAAGAAAUGCACACGAGCGUGUUUGUUUCCCUCCUGCCCUGAAGUACCACGAGGCUUUUCUGCCAAGACAGCGAAAGAAAUAAAAAUGGUUUUCUUACUCAACAUAUUUCACGUGGCUACCAGAAAAAGAAAAAAAAUUCCCCUUGCUUAAUAUAAAAUGAUUACAUCAGUUUAAAAAAACAAAAAGACAAUGGCAGUACACCGUUUUGUAAAAUAAAGGGAUGAAAACUAUUAAAAUGGUGAACGCGGCUAUGAAGAGGCGAACGCUCUCCAUUGGCAUCCGCUCGCUGAUCGCACUGUCAGGCAUCGCAGUGAACUUUCCCUCCGAAAACGGGGAGGAGGGAGUCCUGGCUCUUCGUUUGGGCCGGAGGGAAGCCCCUCUCUCGCCCCUCUCUCUCACCCCUCUCUCUCGCCCCUCUCUCGCCCCUCUCUCACCCCUCUCUCUCGCCCCUCUCUCGCCCCUCUCUCACCCCUCUCUCUCGCCCCUCUCUCGCCCCGGGCCCUCAGGGUUAUGUUCCAGCGUUUUGUGCAACGCCUGCAAAAAUUCCCAAAAGUUGUCAAACGGCCUCGUCAGAAACAGACGUGCUAUAAUUCGGCAAAUUUCCUCCGACCCCCCCCCCCCCCCCCGUGCUUUGGUGACUGGACGGGCGGCACAUUUUCACACGUUGCAAACUGUAUGUGUGCCUGACUACCUCGUGUGCAGCGUUCCCGCUUCUGCUUGGGAGGACGGCGGCGGCGGCAGCGGUGACAGUUGGACAGGGAAACGAAAAGCAGACCUACGGUCUCUCCCACUGCCAGUCGCAAUAGCGAAUAGGAUGGGGGUGUUAAAAUCCAAAAUGGUGAAAACGUGUGUUCCUGUGCGCACAUCUUCAUUUAAAAAAAAAAAAAUUAUAUAUAUAUAUAUAUAUAUAUAUAUAUAUAUUGAAACGCCAAGUGUCCUCCCCAAUUGCAACCAAAAAUGACUUUCAUACAUAGUUCUGAUUAUUCCUAUACACACCGUGAAAUAAGUUUAUAACCAUACACUUAAUGUUGAGGUAUUAAUUUCUCCAUGAGAAUCUGUGCAUGUCAACUUUUUACGCUUUGUGUGUUCGUCAACGUGAGCCUGGGUUUUUAAGAAAAAAAAUAGCAACAGCAGACCUGUCACUUUGCAAUUUUACUCAGGGCAGAAACUAGACAAUCAUUUCGCUGAACAGACACACCCGCGGCCUUUCUUCUCCCACGUCACUCAAAUCAGCACAAUGAAUGUAGGCCUUAUUGUACUUUCUAUUUGCAUUAAUAGCACUGUAAAUCUUUCCAAGUCUCCUCCCUGCAAAUUUAACCACCUCCCCGCCAAACUGCUUGUCCCGUUUGUACAAAAAAUGUUAAAUAAAAAAAAAAACCCUAAUGCUGUCAGAUAAAAUAACAUUUGUUCUUAUUAAAUGCCUAGAAUAUGCAUAUAUAUAUAUAUAUAUAUUAAAUUAUAGUAACUGUAUAUUUGAACCUUUUUUUUAAAUAAAGCUAACAUUAAAACCAA